GAUAUUCAUUUUAUUGAUCAUUCAAAGCAAACUACAACUAAGAAAUAACCCCACCAAGCAUACAAUAUACCCGGUUAGUUAGGCUUCACCUAAUGCAGUUUACGUGUAAUUGGUAAUAAACAAUCCAAUUAUUUAAAUUCUAUGUGUUAGUUACAAAAAAACAACCAGUUAUUUUUGGUAUUAGUUAAAAAAAUAUUUUUAACUCGAAUCAAAAAGUCCUGUUUUUCUUCGAAAAAAAUUCAUUAUGUAAUACUAAAUGUGUUCUUACUGGAACUAACCGGGUAGCCGAGAUUACAUUUUUUUUUUAUAAAAAGCAUACAGUAUAACCUAUAGGCAAAACUAAUGAAUAUGAAAACAAAUUAGCUACUAGCGAUUAAAAACUCUGAAUCAGUUUUCUCAUUUAUGUGUCGGCCAUUUGUAGCGUUGGACCUACCAACUAGGUCGCAGUUCGCGUGCGACAAAUACACAAUCUAACCAUUAGAUCUUUCGAUUCACUACAAUCUAAAUCAGAUGAUCUUAAACUUCUUUCGCUGAAUGAGUUUUUAAGCUUAAGCUUUGGAAAUUGUAACUUUGUAAGUAGCAUCUUAAGAUUGUUAGAAAGUUAGAAACCAUAUCAUACAUCCAACCAAAGAUGCUAAUAAAGAAAGAAAAAAAAAAAACUUUACUCAGUGCUCAAGUGGGUUUGAUCUUGGUGACGUGCAUUCCAAAAAAGAAGUUCCCCUAUUGGUGGAACAAAGCUACUUUUUCAUAUGCAACCCUAGUUGUAUUUCAUGAUGAAAUUAAGUGGGAAACCAACAUUUAUAUUGACUAAUCUACUAAACUCUUUAGAUGAUAAAGAAGAAGAAGAGCGUGGAAGUUUCAAAGUCUCUUUUACUUUAACCUUACAUACAAAAAGAAAAGGUUGAUCCCUCUCAUAAAGACAGAUUAUUCUUUAGGUCAUGUUGUCAUUGCAUAUGUAAGUGUGCUACUAAAAUAAUUAAUUUGAAUGGUUUACAAGUUGUUCUAUAUAUGGGUGUAGAUUUCUCUAGAUGAAUUUAUUGCUACACCCAAUAUAUUUAAAUUGUGAAAACAAGGGAAUACGAACAAAGUAUCUAUGGCAUUAAAAAGAAAGUAUUCAUGGCAUGCACUUGCAUGACUAAACCGAGUAAAAGCUAAGUACUCUGUAAUUAGUGUGAUUCUACGGUCUGGUCUUAAUAGAGUACAAAGAAAGAUGAAGGAAAGGCCCACAAGAGAAGCUAGAGGAAACAGAAGUGACCACUUACCUCGUGGAGUUUACAUAAAGUAGACAUAAACAGACCUGAAAUAAUUUAGAUGGUCCAUUUCUUCUUCUCUUUUAACAUAUUCUUUUCAAUUUAUAUUGUCAUUUUCCUCUCCUGUCUUUUCAUCAGAUGUACUAGUUUCGUAACUGUUUUGAGAACUGCUUCGUUUUCAUUUGUCGUCUGUUAUAUAUUCACAUAUAUAACAGAUAGCAAAUUCUCCACAUACUCAAUUAUUUUGGAUUAAGGGCUUACCUAUUUAUCAUUUUCAACUUAUUGAUCAUCAUGGCCAAGGGCUAAAGGGGUUGUUCUAACGUGAUGACAUGUCAAUAUGUCAUGAAUCAUGAAUGUAUGGAUUAGGUUAUUGCAAGAAGCAGCCAAAAAUGGAAGGGUCCUAUUAAUAACGUAUAUAUAUAUAUAUAUAGAGAGAGAGAGAGGUAAGUAAGAUGGUGGAGUCCCAAUAAGCUAGCUUUUAAGUGUUUUGUGAGAAGAGUGUGACAGCAAACCAAACCUACCUCUCGCUCUCAUCUUCAUAGUACUUUGGUCCACUACUUUGGUCCACUUCAUAUUAUUACAAUAAACCCCUAAAAAUGUUAUACUGUAGAGUACUGUUUUCUUUGUCUAUUCCUUUCUAGUACCACCUACUCCUGCUCUCAUUUACAGAUGAAAGCUUCUUUCAUAGCUAUUAAUAAUAGAAAGAGAGAGAGAUACAGAUAGAAGAAAUCAUCACUUGCAAAAAAUUAUUGUUCCCUCUUCAUCUCUCAUGGACACUUCGAGGGACAAACAACUUCCUUCAGAUACCUCUUGCAUAGCUUCCUCAUCUACAGCUUUUCCAUGUCAAGAUUCUCUAAACAAGAGCCAAGAACAAGGUUUCAAAAAUGAAGAAGCAGACGCUAACGAUUCUAGUCAAGAACUCAAUCUCAUCGACUGCAUAGAUAGCCAGAGUUGUAACGGAUCGGAUACAUCCACGGAACAAAAGCUUUUCUCAUGCAACUACUGUCAAAGAACUUUCUAUAGCUCACAAGCACUUGGUGGUCACCAAAACGCACACAAGAGAGAGAGGACUUUGGCAAAGAGAGGGCAACGUAUGGCAGCAUCAGCUUCAGCUUUUGGUCAUCCUUACGGUUUCUCUCCAGUUCCUUUCCAUGGACAGUACAACAACAGGUCUUUGGGGAUUCAAGCGCAUUCGAUGAGCCACAAGCUAAGUUCAUAUAACGGGUUUGGUGGUCACUAUGGUCAUGUCAACUUGUCACGACAACCUCUUGAUCAACAACCAGCAAUAGGUAAACUUUCUUCAAUGGAUCAUUUUCAUCAUCAUCAUCAGCAUCACAUGCUGAUGAUGGAUCCUUCAGUAACUUCACGGUCUAAUAAUAACAUGGCUAGAUCAUCAAGCAACAUAGGAAGAAUUCUAGUAGGGUCGCAGCCUCUUGAACAAUGGCGAGGAGAAGGAGUAUUGUUAAGCACUAAUCAGGAAGAGCAACAGAAGCUAGACUUGUCCCUCAAGCUCUAAGAUUACCUUUUCUUGAUUCUUGCAUUUAGUAUCUUUUAUAGUGUUUUCAUGUGAUUGUUAUAAAUUUGUACUCUUAUGUGUAUACUUCUGUUUAGUAAAAAUGCCUAAUGUAUAUUUUCACAUAUCUACUUAGUUUGAGAUUUGUCAAUUAUACAUACAUAAAU